AAAGAUUUUAUCAUAUUUUUUCAAGUUAAAAAUUAAAAGGAUAUAUUUGACAUAUUUUUUAAAAUUAGAGACUAAAUUUAUCAAUUAAAAAAUAUAGACACUGUUAUCAUAUUUUAAUGAAAAUAUAUAGAUUUAAAACAUUUUUUUUUUGAAAAAAAAAGGAGAUUUUAAGGGUUUCCAUAUAAGAAAAUUGAUAAGAGGUGAGAGAUACUUUUUGACAAUGGUUACAAGCAAGCGAAACUAAAACGACGCGAAGGAGAAAAAGGGAGAUCGGAGAGACAGAGAGAUCAGUAGUAUCAGAGAUGGGGAGAGGGCAAGUUCUGAGCGCGUACCGCGCGCUUCUGAAAGCGACACGGAAAACAUUUUCCGGCGACACCAUGAUGCUGAAGGAAUCUGCGGUGGAAGUAAGGAAGAAGUUCGAGGAAAACAAGAACGUGAGCUCCGAGGCGGAGAUCCAGAAGCUUCUCCUAGAGGCUGAAGAGGCCUCCCAUUUCAUCACCAACAUGCUCGUCCAGGCACAGCUCAAUCCCGAUUCUGGCACUUACGCGGUGAAGCCGUGUAAGGAGCAUGCUGGAGCAACGCUUGAACUUCCCUCCGAAGAAAUUAUUCGGAAGUCAGCAUAGGGACAAGAGGCAAGCGGUUAGAACAAAGUCUAGAUUUUUAUUUUUGCUUAGGAUCAAUAAGCAGUAUUGCCUCUGAUUUUAUGGGGGUGUUUGAUUAUUAUUUUUUUGCUCCCAAUCCUUUGUUUCCUUUCAAAUCUAUUUAGCGGAGUAGAUAGGAUAUAAAUCUGACUGGUAAAAGUUUAUGAUGCCCUUUUUUUGUUGUAUGAUCACAUAAUGUAUCCCAAGUUUUUUUGUUUAA